GAGAUAUUUUAAUAAAAAAAAUUGAGUAAUAAUACUAUAUUUAUAUAAAUAAAUAAAAAUAAUAAUAGAACAGAUUUAUACAAAUAUUUAAUUUAUGAUGACUAUUUGAUUAACUUUGGCAUUGACAGAUUGAUAGAUUUGUAUAGGACACAAAUACUUUUAUGUAUGCAAUUGUUGUUGUUGGUACAUAUUGCAGAUUCGUCUUGCGAUACUAAAUUAUUUGUGUAUCAUUCAUAACAGUUACAUAGUAAACAAAAACUACCAAUGUCAUCCGAUGAAUCAGAUGAUGAAUCCCUAGCAUUCUUAGCGGCCUCAAAAAGAAUUAAGGUGGAAGAAGAUGAAUUGUUAAAUAAAGGAAAUGAAGAACCUUCCACAAAAAAGGUUAAAGCCACAAAGAAAACUGAUCGUAAACUUAACGUUGGCGCUCCAAAUGUUAUAGAAAGACCUGCGGAUGUAUGGCUGUACCUUAAAGAUUUGAAACCCUCAGGCCCUUACAGCUGCUUACUGUGUGAUGAUUGGUUUAUUAAUCGAUCUAAAAUGAUUUUGCAUUACGCAGUAAAUCACAAAAAAGAUUUUUGUGGUAUAUGCAGAUACUUCGUACCAAAUAGACAGGCCUGGUAUGCACAUGAGAAAUUUCAUUCACCCUGGCCAUGUUCACAAUGUGUAGAAACUUUUACCUCGGAGCUAAUGUUGAGAGAACAUCUUAAUACUGCACAUAAUCUGGUCCACUGUAGAUUGUGCCACUUCAGAGUGUCUGCUGAUUUCAAUUACAACUCACAUUUAUUUGAAAAGCACAAUGUCACUAAUGUAUCUUCCAAAAAUGAGGAUGUCUUAUGGAAAGUAGAAGGUGGUACGUUUCAAUGUUUACUCUGCUCUAAAUCAGAAAAUACACUAUCAACUUUCUUUGGACACUUUAUGGGUAUUCAUCAUUUAACUUUAAAGUGCCUCACAUCAGUUAUAGCCGGCAGAGACACACCUUUCACAGUGAAAGGGGCUGAUGUUAGUGAAAAAUUUAUUAAUGAGCAACUCAAAAGCCAUGUUCGAUUAGGUUAUGUAGACUGGGAAACAAAAGAUGAUAAAACAAUGAAUGAAUUCAAAAAAGAAAAGGAUUUGGAAAAUAGUUUGACCAAAGUAGAACAAAGUGCAUCUGUGAGAGAAAUAAAAGAAGAAGUAAUUAGUGAUGAAGAAGAAUUAGUUGAGAAAGAAAAUGAGGUUAAUCAGAAAGAUGAGCCUUCAAGCAGUUAUUAUAAAUGGGCUGAGGAUUUUGACAUUACAUACAUGGAAAUUAUAAUAGUCCAUAAAUCAUAUUAUGACUAUGUCGACACGUCCCUCAGGGAUAUCAAUUCAAAUUUAAUGCCAGAGAAAUCGUAUUUGAAUUACGAAAGAAUGAAAGCAGAAAUAUAUAUGGAUGUUGAAUGCGGAUUUUGUAAAACGAACUUUGACACAGCACAGUCUUUUGUUGAACAUAUGAAUAAAAUUCACAGUGUUAAAUCAGUACCCUUAUAUUCUUGUAGAGUGUGUUGCGAGACGUUUGAUAAUUAUUUAGAUUUAUGUACACAUGUUAACGAGGAGCUGGCAGACUUUGAGGAUCUUUGGAUUUGUCAGUUUUGUGACAAGGAGUUUGAUAACCGUGAAGAGACGAGACAUCAUCUGACCGAGCAUUGGACUGCUUUGGACUAUGAUAACUGUUUUAGUCCGCAUUUAGGUUUUAAAUGCAAAUACUGUCCGACAUUAUUCUGGAACGAACCGGACAGAGAGACUCAUCAAAUUAGAGUGCAUUUAGAUAAAUACAAACAUCAGUUCUACAAGUGCGAAAAAUGUGAUAUGGAAUUCGGCGAUAAGGUCUGGUAUGUAUACCAUCAUUUAGAAAACCAUCAAAACCCAAAUGCAGUAACUAACUAUAUCCUAAAGUGUAACAUCUGUUGUUCGGUGAUGGCAACCAUUGAGGAGAUGAGGAAUCACUUUGCAAGAAACCAUCUCGAGUUCAAGAAAGUCUACUGUAACAUAGAUCCUUGCUGUUAUAAGCCAUUGAAUCACCAGAGGUCUCUAAAAAUACAUAUUAAGAUGGCGCACAGGAUAACAGAUUUACCCAAAACUCCGAGAGUGCCAAAAGCUAAAAAGAAGGUGUCAUGCAACAUGUGCAAUCGUAAGUUCAACAACGCUCGUGCUUGCAGCACACACAUGGCACAGGUGCAUGGACCUGGGAAGUUCAAAUGCAAACUGUGCCGCGAGGUGCUGCAGACUGCUGAUGAAAGGAAGCUCCACUACCUCCUGUGCCACCCUGGUCGGCAUCCAUUCGAGUGUACUGAGUGCGGAAAAUCAUUUCAAUACAAAUCAUCACUGUACAUGCACAAACAGGAACACAUGCCGAAUAAACAGAGCUACACCUGCAGUUACUGCAGUAAGGUUUUCGCGAAGAAGGAUUCGUAUCGUGAACACGUCCAGAUACACGAAGGUCCUCGCCACGCGUGCUCGUACUGUCCGAUGAGGUUCGUCCAACGUUCCAACAUGUUGAGGCACGAACGACGGCACACAGGCGAGAGACCUUACAGGUGUCCUCAUUGCACGAGGACCUUCGCUGAUAAAGGGGCCUGCACUUCACAUGCUAGGACACAUUCGAAAGACUCGUCCUAUGCCUGCGUGUACUGCGGUCAGACGUUCGUACAGAAGUCGAAACUCACGUACCAUAUCAGGAAACACACGGGAGAAAAUUUGGAGUCGUGUUCCGUCUGUUCGAAGCUGUUCACCAGCGCGUGCUCGCUGCGGGAACACAUGAAAAUACACGUGGAGAAGAAGAAGAUCGUCAAGUGUCCUCUAUGCGACAAGGGCUAUCAGGACGAGCGUUACAUGCUGCGUCACCUCCGCACGCUACAUUCCCGUUCACAGUUCUCAUGUCCGUUGUGCCACAAGCUUCUCUCCAGCGCUGCAGGUCUCCGUCACCACGUCAUAACGCACAGCUGCGUCAACACUUUCCAGUGUAAAUCCUGCACAAAAUCCUACGCAGUGAAAAGGACCAUGUUGAAGCAUUUAAGGAAGCGGCACGGCUUAACGGGCAACGAGUUAAAUAUAAAGGAUUACUACACUAGAUUAGAACCACGCGAGUGUCAAUUGGAUCUAGACGAGACAACGAUGACCAGUAUAUUCGGACCUCCCAAGAAGAAAUCGACGGACAUAUUGUUCGGUGAUUUCGUAACUUUGGCUAAGAAAAUCAAUGGACCAGAAGAAAAGAAACGAGAUGGAGAUAGUAGUAGCGAUGAGCCGGUUACAAGGAUUAAGCAAGAGGUCCAGAACCAAACUGAAAUAGAAAUAGAACCAACAGAUUUCGUCAGUGUUAAGAUUGAAAGUGUGGACGCUGGUUAUACAGAGUGAUAUACAUAUAUAUGUAUAUAUUUAAUUUAUUUCUUUAUUAUGACACACAUGACAUUUAUAACCUUUAUAGAUUUUUUUUCUCAAUUAGACUAACAACACUGUAAACACUUGCCUUUUAGCCCUUCUAAAAAAAGUAUAAAUCUUGUCAUCUAAAUAUCACGAUGAAGGUCAACUCGAAUUCAAUAACCGUGUACCGACAAAUUAAAUUACACGACACUGGCAGAAUAUACUGUGCACGGCUUUGCACGAAUGAAGGCCGUAUUUUAAACGACCCACCAAUAAAAUGUCGACAUUUGCAAAAUAUUCCACGAUACAAUUGCGCAUGAAGCCAUAGCAUAAAAGAACCGUGUACAAUGUACAUGAUCCCAGUGUGCAUCGCGUAAAGUGUUUGAAACCUAAGUAAAAUCAAAAAUUAAGUUUAAUAUUCUCUCGUUACUACCAAAAAUAUACUUUUGUUUUUUUUAUUUUUACUGAGUGAAGCAUCUGUUAAAAUUAUGUUUCGUUAUUACAAUAAGAUUAUUUAUUGUAACUAAGUUUAAUUAUGUAUUUUUAGUUUUUCGAAAAGUUUCUGUGUUUUUUUAUAUGUUAAGUUUUUACUGUAGUCACAUUUAAUAUUUAAGUUAUUAAAAAAUGAUACCCUUUAA